UAAAAGCCCAGCAGCACUGGGGGACCUGAAGCUUCCUGGGGGUACCAACUGAAAUGGCUUUCCUGUGGGCAGCUCUUACUUAUCUAGCGCUCCUUGGCGUUGCCUGUGGCUGUGGGAUCCCAGCAAUUAAGCCCAAUGUGAGGAACACGGAGAGAAUUGUCAACGGAGAGAAUGCUAUUUCUGGUUCUUGGCCUUGGCAAGUCUCACUGCAGACCAGCUCAAAUGCCCAUUUCUGCGGUGGUUCCCUGAUCAAUGAGAAUUGGGUUGUUACUGCUGCUCACUGCAAUGUGAAACCAAGAACUCAUUUUGCUGUCCUUGGAGAGCAUAACAGAAACUCUGGAGCUGAGCCAAUCCAAAGGCGAUCCAUAAUCCAGGCGAUCACCCAUCCUUCCUGGAAUGCUCAAACUUUGAAUAAUGACAUCACUCUGUUGAAGCUGUCUGCCCCAGUCCAGCUGAACGCCCGCGUUUCUCCUGUCUGUCUGGCUUCUCCCACAGAGUCUUUGCCCUCGGGACUAAAGUGUGUCACAACUGGAUGGGGACGGACUAGUGGGACUGCAAGCGGCUCUGCAAUCAUAUUGCAGCAAGUUGUUCUCCCCUUGGUGCCUGUAACCCAGUGCCAGCAAUAUUGGGGCAACCGCAUCACCAGUUCCAUGGUAUGUGCCGGUGGGGCUGGCGCCUCCUCCUGCCAGGGUGAUUCUGGUGGCCCUCUGGUAUGCCAGAAAGGCUCGGUAUGGAAUCUGAUUGGGAUCGUCUCCUGGGGUACAUCCAACUGUAACGUCAGGGCUCCUGCUGUUUAUACCCGAGUCUCCAAAUUCCGCAACUGGAUUGAUCAAGUGGUAGCUAGAAACUGAUGACACCCCUGGGAAGCACAAGACAAAUGCUGUCAUUCAGUGUAAGAAAUCUGUCAACGUACCUUCUUCCAACUGAGAUAUGGAAAAAUCAAAUCACUUCAAAGGAAAAAAAUCUUCCUCCAAUGAUGGUCUGUCAUACUCAUCAGUGAAGCAGACUAGUAACUUUCUUCAAGUGUCUUCAAGUUCUUUCUUCAAGAACUCUGAACCUAGUUCCAGCUGUGUAACAUCUCAAACAAACAAUAAAUUUUUAGGGCAUUCAUUUUUAAUAA